ACUCAAAGUGUUUCUUGAAGCCGAGCGAAUCCCUACACCGGGUGGAGAUAACGUGAAUCACAGUGCCUUUUUUGAACUCAGUGUCCGUGUUAAAUCAGUCAAGGAAAGCCGCUAAAGGAUUAAGAUGAAAUUCCAAUUACUUUUUGUGGCCUGCUUGUGCCUCAGCAGCGUCUGGGCUUUGCCCGUGCCCGAUGAGGAGGUGGCCAUUCAGCCAGAUGGGGGCUCUAAGGCUGAACUUUUAGCCAAAACCCUAAAUCCCAAUCCCAUUGAGCCGGCACCUGCCAAACCUGCACUGGCUGCAGCUCCUGCUGCUGCUACUAUUUCCUCAGAGAAGAAGCCCGAGGCCGAGCCAGAGGCUAAGAUCGAGGCCAAGGCUGUUGAGCCUGCCGUUGAGCCGGCCAAGGAGAUCACCAAUGUUGACCUGAAAUCCACAGCGCCCGAUGUGGAGACAGCCCCGGCCAUACCCGAAAAGAAGGCCAUUGUGGUACCAGAGGAACCCGCCAAGCCCGUGGAGUUGGCCAAGCCCCAGGAAACGAUCCUUGUUGAGAAGAAGCUGGAGGAGAAGGAGAAGACGGCACGCACCGAGGAGGCCCCCAAGGCUAUUGAACUGAUUGAGACGCCCGCCUCUAAUGCUGAGGUCCAGAAGCAGAUUGUUGAUGAGGCCAAGCCCCAGGAACCCAAGAUUGAGGCACCAGCGGCUCCCGUUUUGGUGACCGAACCCGCCACCGUUGCCGCCGAAAAGGAAGCCAUUCCCGAGCAGCCUGCCCGCCAGGAGAGGAUCAACGAGAUUGAGCAGAAGGAGGCCAAGAAGGAGGCCGCUCCUGAGCCAGCUCAGGCCUCAGAAACACCAGCCGCCGUAGUUGCCGCCACACCAGCUGAGGCUCCCAAGACCGAGAGCAACAUCCAGGUGAUUGCUCCCCAGACCCAGCAGCCCGAGAAGAAAUCCAUUGAGUCCGGUUCGCCUGCUGCCCCCACCUCUCCCGGCGCCCAGGCUGCCCAGGCCAAGUCCAGUGAUAGCCCCAAGCCCAUCCAGCCGGUGGAUCAGCAGAAGAACACCGAGACCGCUGCCGAGCCAGCUCCCGUGCUGAAGACCAAUGCCCCCCUGGCACCAGCCGCCGCCACCAAGGUAACGGAGCCGGUUAAGGAGCAGCCAGAAAAGGAGGCCACCUCCGAUGCCAAGGCCUUGCCCGAGAAGAAGCCGGAGCCGGUGAGUGAGACAGCAGCAGCAGAAGCAGCAGCUAUUCCCGAGGCCAAGAAGAUCGACGAGACACCAAUUGCUGAGGCCGCACCGGCUCCUCUGCCCACGCCCGCUGAGCCAAAGAAGUCGUCGGAGGAGAAGUUGGACAAGUCCGAGUCCAAGAACGAGGACUCGUCCGAGUCCAAGGAGUCGGAGGAGAGCAGCGAAUCGAAGGAGAACUAGAGAUAGUGAGAGCUUUACACCCAGCACUCCCCACAACAAUCGCAGAAGCCAAGAUCCAAUCACCACCACCACCACAACCACCAGCUGCGCCUUGGCAGCGUCUUAAUGCUACGACCGCAGUUGGUGGUAACUCUUAGUUGUAAAUGGAAGGAAGCACAGCAAUCACACUACGCACACCACACACACACACACACACUGAGGAUGGGAGGAGCCGCAAGGAUCAGUGCAUCCUAGGACAAUAGAACCGAGUGGCAGUACCAGGACGGUUAAAAAUAAAACAGCAAACACAACACUCACUCACUCACACACACGCACACACACAGGACAAACCGCUAAGAUGGCAUACAGUUAUACUUAUAAUUAUAAUUUAAUUAAUGUAAUUUUUAAUUAAAUCUUAGUCAUGGCAAGACAACACCCCCUGCACCCCUUCCUCCCUCCAACAACAAAAGAGAAAAGCAUCCUUGGAUUCUUUGUAAAGGUCCUUGGAACGAAGCCAGCACCCCCACACCCCCACACACAAUGGAAUUCCCCCCUUUUUUUUUAUUUGAGUUCUAAAAUAAUGCAACUACAUUUAAUAACGAUAGUGUUAUAACGUAUAUAUGAGCGAAAGUAUAUAUGAUUUUAUAUAGACUGAGAAAAUUCUUAAAUAAAAAUCGAAAAACUAA